AUGGCGACUCACGAGCACAAGAUCGACCACCUCGACCAAGGCUACGACGGCCCGACCAUACCUCACAAAGAUCCCCCCACCCAGCGACGCAUCCCGUGCGUCGCCGUCCCCGAGCCGUACGCCCUCCUCUGCACCGCCUUCCGCGCGCUCACCUUUGUGCUCAUCGCCGUCGGCGUCGUCGCCCUGGUGCUCUCGCUCGUCUUCCAGCUCCUGAACCUCAAGGCUUACGUCGACUCCGCGAUGUUCACCCGCUUCGACCUCGGCACCGGCGGCAACGGCACCAGCGCUCAGCUGAACUACAACCUCACCGUCGCCCUGAGCAUCCGCAACCUGAACCCGAAGCGCGCCGUGGUGUACCGAAGCCUGGAGGCCGUGGCGCUCUACGCAGGUGAGCGCUUCGGAUACAUGAGCUUUCCGCAGAUGCGGCAGGAGCGGAAGAACACGAUGGAGAUACGGCCGAGCUUCGACGGCCAGAGCCCCGUCGCUGCUGCGGCGUCGGCGGCGUCCAAACGGGAUAAAGGAGAGGGUUUCUUCAGCAUUAACGUCAAGGUCUACACGAGGGUGCGCCUGAAUGUGGCCAUCGUGAAUAGCGUCGUCUACAGUCCGGACGUGGAUUGUUAUGUUACUGUUCCCAACCCAGGCAACUCGACGGCGGUGGCGCAGGGGUUCGCGGCAACGGAGUGCCAUGUCGACGACUGCUCGUUAUUGAAAAACGAAAAUUUAGGUGGAGAAGAUUAG